AUGGCUUGGAGAUUUGAUGUGAUGACAAAAACAAUUGCAAACUGUUUCCGUCAUUGUAAGAUUUGGUAUGAAGAUAUUGAUGUUCCCGAACCAGAAAAUGGCCAAUUACAAGAAGAUAUCCAAGGAUUAACUGGAGUCAUUUCUAAUUUACGUUAUAGAAAUGUGAUGGACGUCGAACAUCUUUUAAACUAUAGGAACGAGAAUGAUGCAGUCAUGAAAUUUCCAACAAACGAAGAAAUUAUUGAGUCAGUAAUGAAUGAUGAGAAUGAUCUUGAACCAGAUGAUAGUAGUGUCGUACCAAAUGUGUCAUCUAAAGAUGCCUUUCAAGCGAUAGUUACUUUAAAAAUUUACUUGCUACAACACGAGCAAAAUAUUCCAGAACUUGUGGAAGCAUUGCAUAAAAUUAAGGAUGCGGGUGCUAUGGAUGCUGUGAGUUGCAUUGAUGUUUUUCGCUACUUUUCAGAUUUUAUUACCACUUGUGUUGAUGUAACCAUACUUGAUGAGUUUAAGGUCGAAGUUUGCAAGCAGUGA